UCUGCUCCCCCGCGGCUGCCAGCAGCCCCAGGCUUGGCUUCAGUCCCCCAUUGCCACCUACCGCCUUGCUCAGUGUCUGGCAAGACCCAGGGCUUUGCCUGGAGCUAUAACUCUUGCAGGCUUCCCCUCCUCCUUCCUCCCAACAGGAUUUCUGCUCCGAAAGCCCCGGGUUUCCUGCUCCCAGCUGGGGAAGGGGAGGGACUCCUGGCCUUGGGGCCCCACAAGCCAGGCUCUGCCUCCGGGGAGGAGGAGGACGACGGGCUCCAUGUCCCACUUCAGGGCUCAUCAUCCUCACUGGAGGCGAAUGAAGGACGAGGUUUUGGGGUGCCAAGUCAGGAAGGGGGGGAUUUAGUCUCUGGAGCAAAUGAAGAGACAAUUCCUCUUUGCAAUCGACUGUUUCAGGGAGGAUUUUCCAGCAUGCAGCAGCAAGGCGGGGAAAGAAAGGAGGAAAAGACGGAGGCUCUGGCAGCUGGGAAGAGCCCAGGCACCGAAGCUGCGGACAGAGGGUGGGCAUGGGGAGUGGUGUUUCACUUCUUCCUGGUCAACGUACUCGUGAUGGGGAUGCUCAAGACCUUUGGGAUUUUCUUCGUGGCUUUCCAAGAGGAGGUGGGGGGCUCCUCCGAGCAAGUCAGCUGGAUCGGCUCCAUCAUGUCCUCGCUGCGCUUCUUAGGAGCCCCGCUCGUGGCCGUGGUCUGCAGGAGGCUGGGCGAGCGGCCGACUUCCAUCAUCGGGGCCGGCUUGGUCGCAGGGGGCUGCCUGCUCAGCACACAGGCCACCAGCGUCCCCUUCCUCUGCGUCUCCAUGGGACUUCUCCUGGGUAUGGGGUUCGCCUGCCUUUACCAGGCAGCCGCGGUGAUGACAGCCAAGCGCUGCAGGACACGGCUGGCUUUCUCCAACGCCAUCGCCCGCUCCGGGAUGGGGCUGACGUUUCUAAUAGCGCCGUUCACUCAACUUCUCAUCGAUUUCUAUGGCUGGCAAGGUACUCUCCUGAUUUUUGGAGGCAUCAUGUUAAACCUCGUGCCCUCCAGCAUGCUGCUGCGACCUGCCAGCACCCAGCCGCCUCAACCGUCCUCUGCUAAAAAUCAAGACUGUGGGUCUUUAAUGGCAAAGGAGGAUUCAGAAACCCUCGAUGGCUGCUUAGAUGAAACCACUCGUGGGGAAAUACAGCGCUGCAGUGCACAGGACCUUCCCACCACGGAGGGGCUCACGAUGUCCCAUGGCAGAGAAGCCUCUGGUCCAGUAAAUACAUCUGCUCUGGAAAGGCUCGAGAAACCCCCCAGGGACAGCUGCUCGCCAGAAAUAGCCACCGAGGCCAAGAAAAGCUACAAAUCCCUUCCACCGACCGAAAAAGAAAGUUCACAGCCUCUCUUCGACUUCUCCCCACUAAAGGACCCCGUCUUCUGGAUUUUCACGUGGUCUUUUUUGUUCAGCCACUUGGCCUACUUCGUGCCCAUCUUCCACCUGGUAGCAAGAGCCAGGACGCUGGGCAUAAGCAGCAUGGAUGCCUCUUACCUCAUUUCAGUGGCUGGUGUGACGGAGACAGUCAGCCAACUGCUCUCGGGCUGGGUCGCCGACCAGAACUGGACCAAGAAGUAUCACUACCACGUGGCUUACCUUGUCCUCGGCGGCAUCACCAACCUGCUCGGUCCCCUGGCCACCACCUUCCCGUUACUCAUGACCUACGCCGUGGCCUUCGCUGUUUUCUGCGGUGGGUUCAUGGCUCUGGUCCUCCCUGUGCUGGUAGAUCUAGUGGGUGUGCAAAAACUCCACAGCUACUUGGGGUUUGCUGCCUUCUUUGCUGGGAUAGCAGCCAUCAGUGGACCCCCUCUAGCAGGGUGGCUGUAUGACUACACCCAGACAUAUGUCUGCUCUUUCCUCUUUGCUGGAGCCUGUGCUCUCAUCUCACCUAUUUCCUUCUUCUUUGAGCCUUCAGCCCAGAAAUGGAAGCUAAAAAAAGCCACCCUGAACACCGGCCCAGGCUUGGCUGAAGCCAUCCUACAGUGGAAAUUUUAAAAGACGGUCUUUGACUGCAUCCAUGAUCAGAAAGCGAUCACCAGCACAGACCUUCUGUACCAGGAAAUAUAAACAGCAGCAAAAAUUAAAAUACGGAUUUUUAGAUGACAGAUUCACAGUUUGUAUAUCUAGAUAUUUUUCCUACACAUGUGAUUAAAGUCAUUUGAGAAAUA